AUGUCGCAAAGUCAUCUCCGCAGUUUGCUAAAGAGUCGCGAGUCUCCUCGCCGUAACCCUACUGCAUCGCCCGCCACCUACUUACCCUCGCCAGCUAGACCACAGUCAAAGAAGAUGGCCAUCAUCAAAAUCGCACUGAGCCUAGCUGCACUUGUAGCAGUAGCUUUUGCAUUGCCCGGCGCUAUCGACUCGGAUGCAGAGCUCGUCAAGCGUGAUACAUGUCCUUCCGACGAUCUCACUACGAUCUCGAUCGCGCCUGCCAAAGGUAGCGCACCCGUGCUUACGAUGCAGUUUUGCAUCGCUGUCGUACCUCAGGGAUCUCAAGCCUGGCACUUGUUCGCAGCCAGCACACCGAAUACCCACUUCAAUUGGGGCGGAGCAGGAACGGCUGACGGUUUCUCGACAAACACCUUUCAGAUCCAGGGACUUGACCACGAUGGCACUUGGUUCCUAUUUCGGCUAGAUCUGCUCUACCGCGGCCGCUCAAUUUUGAAAGUCCAAAUUCACGAUUUCUACUUGCGCUUGGUACCUUACUCAAAGGAGAUGGCCAUCAUCAAGAUCGCACUGAGCCUAGCUGCACUUGUAGCAGUAACCUUUGCAUUGCCCAGCGCUAUCGACUCGGAUGCAGAGCUCGUCAAGCGUGAUACAUGUCCUUCCGACGAUCUCACUACGAUCUCGAUCGCGCCUGCCAAAGGUAGCGCACCCGUGCUUACGAUGCAGUUUUGCAUCGCUGUCGUACCUCAGGGAUCUCAAGCCUGGCACUUGUUCGCAGCCAGCACACCGGACACGCACUUCAAUUGGGGCGGAGCAGGCACAGCUGACGGUUUCUCGACAAACACCUUUCAAAUCCAGGGAACUGAUCACGAUGGCACUCGAUUCUCGUAUCAGCUAGAUCUGCUCUACCGCGACCGCUCAAUUUGGAAAGUCCAAAUUUACAAGUUCUACUUGGGCGUGGUACCUUACCUCGCAGAUCAUGAAGUUGCGAUGCUGUCGCCAAUCCUCACAACUGUGGGCGAUUCGGUUGUCAUCGCAAUGUGUUCUCAUACUUCCUCGCCGGUCGCGCCCCGCGGAACAAGGCCGAGAAAUUCGUCGGCAGUACUCUUCAGAGCGCUCUCGAUAAGCCUGUACGGGCUUGCUGGCCCCACAAUUCUCGAACGAUAUGCGCUCGGCAACUUCUCGUUCAAGUCGGAGCUGGACAAUCAUUUCUCCUUCUGUCUGGCAUAUAUCUUCAGCGGACACACGUCGCAAGGUCGUGCGGGCGACUUUACAAAAUCCGCUGUCCCACAGGCACGUCGCAGGUUCCCUCUCUGUAACCGUGCUGCAUCGCCCAUCACCCUCUCGCGCUUGCUGAGUAGACCAUGGCCAAUAAAGAUGAUCAGGUUUGAGGCAGUCCUCGGUUCAGCUGCGCUCGCAGCAAUAGCUUUUGCGUUGCCCGGUGCUACCAACUCGAACGCACGGCUUGCUGAACGUGAUACAUGUCCUCCCACCGAUCUCACCACGAUCUCGGUAGCGCCCGCCCAAGGCAGUAGACCAGUCGUGACCAUGCAGUUUUGCACCGCCGUCGUAUCCCAGGGAGCUCAGGCCUGGCACUUGUUCGCAGCCAGCACACCGAACACUCACUUCUACUGGGUCGGACCAGGCACGGCUGACGGCUUCUCGACAAAUACUUUCCAGAUCGUGGGAGCCGAUCAUUAUGGCACUCAAUUUUGGUACAAGCUAGACCUGCUCUAUCGCGAAACGUCUAUCUUCAAGGUCCAAGUGUACGACUUUUAUUUUGGCAUAGGACCUUACAGGACCUUGGCCUAUUGGGUCCAAAUCGGAACAGUCGUACGUGACCACUACAGCGGACCCAUCACAAAGCUCGGCUAG